AUGUACUCUUCGCAGCCAAAUCAUCGCAAUACUGGCUGUGUAUAUCUGCCCUCUGACGGCAUUUCUCUACUUCAGGCCAGACCACGUCGCAGAAUUUCUAGAGCCAUUCCAAUAGUCAAUCCAAACCCACCUCCGCCACCAGCCCCACCUCUCCCUCCUAGUACCAGCACGAUAAAAAAACCUAGGAUCAAUCCUGGAUAUCUCCACCUCAAAGAGAUUAUCGAGCAAUUUGACAAGUCAUCUCUCCCCGCUUCAGCUGGCAACUCGCGUUUCUAUACUUUGCUCGAGACCAACUUCACGGCGAAAGACACCGACAGUAAUAGCAUACAACAGAAAGACCAUGGAUAUGCGGAACAACACCAGCGCAGGGCCACUCGAAUGGAACCCCACCACCACGUUCUGAAUUAUAUCUUUCUUCCGUACCGCUGCGAUACCUCAACUUGCCGUGAACGCUUCCAGGCGUUUUUCAAUGUUAUCACACCGAACGAGUGGGAAAGGCUGGCUAGGUGGAAGGAAAAAAUUGAGACCAACUUUAACCAGAUGAGAGAUACAACAAAUAAUUUAGGGUCUGAUGCAGCCGUCUCUCGAGCAAUGAAAAAGUGGGUAGAGAUGAUGACCGGGGUCUCAGUGGAUGCUGCCUAUGCCAUGAAAUACAUGGAAAGGAUGGGGUCACAUGGAUCAACGCCAAUAUAUUCGCUGGACCCAUCAACUCAAUAUAGAGAGACUCACCUGCGCACGCCAGUUUACUAUCCCCAAUCACAUUACUACUCGGGACAUCCACCCGGUCAUAUAGGGUAUGACGCAGGCUUUAUCCACCCAGGAAAUAUAGGAAAUAUCUAUAACCUUCCAAGAAUCCCGCAAAGUACCCAUAUACCAAGACCUAUGCCCAAUAUACGUUCACAAUCGCAUCCUCGCUCUAGAUCGACCGGUGUAUUUACUAUAGGGCCAACCUCAGUUCCUCCUAAUGUUACGUCUAACGCUGAUUUCGAAUGGGAAAGCUCAACAGAUCCGAUCCAUUGCAGAAAGUUUGGUCCUAGACACCCGUGGGGAGGACCUGCUGUCAAAAGGUUAGAGGUUUCUGAAAGAAACUAUCGAAACUGGACCCCGCAGUACACUCCGAUCCCUAACCCGAGCGGACGUAAGACACCACCGCAUCAGAGAUCCCCUAAGUUGAGGAACAGCAUCGCAAGUGUCUCAAACCUGGACAAUACCAGAGAAAGCCCAACUGUUGCGUCCAAAUUGACUGAGGGGAGCAGGGUCGAGGUCGCUAAAACUAUCAUAAAAGAGUGGGCAGACGAAAACGAUUCUGCAUCUGAGAGACAGAAAGUGAAUCUAAGCCAAUAUCAGAACAGCUCCGGACUCGAGAAGGUGAGUUUACCGAUUGCGGGCUUGAAAGAGACAACAGCCCAGUCAGUGCCACCCACGGCUCCCUCAACCGGAUUCCUCGUUAUCGGCAAGGAAAAUAUAAGCAAUUCUACUAGGCCGAUUGAUGAGAAAGCAUACCAAAGGGAAGCACAGGCACUUUUGAAAGAACAGGACGCAGUUGUGAUCAGUGAAGAAAGCUCUAUUAGUAGACAGGCUCCGGACGCGAAAAAGAGAAGAAACAGUCAGAACUCAUCGCAUAGAAACCCAAAGGAAUUUAGAGGAGAACGACGAAAUUAUGCCAGAGCUGUUUCGGGUUUAAACAAAAAUAAUGAGGACCAGCAGCAUUCAGUUGCCUUGCCUACCUUCAUCAACUCAAACACUAACCCAGCUAUGUUAGCAAGUCAACAACAACUAUCUUCCGAGUGCAAUACCCGAACUAAAAGGCAUCACGUCACUUUAAACUAUGCUAAAGCUGUUUCUGGCGUGGAUAGAAGAAAUGAAGAGUCGAGGGAAGUUUCCCGAGCUUUGAUUCCUUCAGAUCCAAUACCAGUGGUCAAAAGUACAUGGGCAAAUGUAGCAAAUUGGCGGAAUAACGAUUCAAGGGCUGAUCUUGAGCGGACUUCUCAGUCCGUUUCACCUAAGAGCCCCGCCGCACCUCCGAAUGAAAGAAGUGAGACCUCUGGGGUUUCUGCUCCUGUUGAAGAUCCACUCCCUGGUAACCCGACUUCCCUUUCUUCUAGAAAAUCUUGGAGCUCGAUCGUCACAGGCCGCAUAAGUGAUACAAGCCCUAGGUAUCAAAAAGUUCCAGUUAACAUUGAAACUUUAGAAUACCCAGAACUGGGUAGCCAGUUGGGAACUCCCUCCUCGAACCACCUUUCUGGAACACGAAAUCCACAAAGUAAACCAUAUCUCUCAGCUCAGGCAAAAUCGUUUGAACCGACUGGCUCUUACCAUAACUUUCCUGUCGACCGGUAUCGAAACACCACCAACAGCCCAAGGUCCUUACCAUUUCCUGCGCAUAAUCCACUCACGCGAAUAAAUUCAUCACCGAUCCUGUCUGACAGCACCAAUGCCUACUACCCCGAUCCACUUCUAGAGACUUUUUUCAACACACCCCAGCUCGUUGAGUACUGGAGUAAGUCAUACGACAGACUCUUAUUUCAUCAAAACCUCCUCAGAGUCCAGUUCCUGAAGAUCGAAACUGUCUUUCAGGAUGAAUGGGAUAUGAUUACCCCUGACCAGCGAAGGGCCAUAGUCUCAAGGGCAAUCUCUAAUCUCGACGAAAAGCCUGACAGGAUUCAACUCUGGGAUACUCCCAACUUAGAAAAAAUGCUAAUUGGUUUGGGAUUGGCUGGUCCUACUUUCAAAGCAAAUAGGUAUGGUAGUCGGGGUGGACGUGCCAGAGUAUCCCAUCUUAGAAACAGAGCUGAUUAUUGCUUCGAUCUCGACCCGGAUGCAUUUGCAAAUUCAUCAUAUUGGCUUUUUAAUAUGAUUGGUUUACUUCUCGGCACACAAAUUCCUCUAAAAUACUAUUCAACUGCUGCACAGUAUCAGACCGAUGGCUCUAUUAAUUCUACCGACAGUUCAUGUGCAGAUGACUGCUCGCAAUGCAUGGGUGCGGGAGAAACAGUUAUCGAUGGGCAAAAUCUCUCAGACGAGAGUGGGUCAUCUAAUUCGAGGGCUGAGCCCCCAAUGUUGGAACGUUUUCUAGAUGUAGUUGAUUGUACCGUGAAGUCAGAGAAUUGCGAGCCAGAAAUCAAUAAGGGAACUAAGAAAUCGAUACCGGAAAAACGGCAUUCCAAUUGCCCUGAAAAGAGUUAUACAGGCCAUUCAGAAAACCGUACUGAGGAUCGAAUUCCUCCUCACAUCAACUUUAUGUCGGCGCCACGGUUAAUGUCAAAUCGCUUCCAAGACUCGGUCUUCAAGUCUCGAUCCCAAGAAUGGGCAGCCCACAACCCAGGUCGUGCGCGGUUCAUGAAAAUUAUAGAGAUCGAUAUUUCACUAUUCUACUGUGAAUUUAUUGAGGAAAUUCUACAUAUCUUCGGAGAAAUCCGGAGGGAACGUGUAUGGUAUACGCUGCCAACCAUAUGGGACUUCUUUAAUGGCCCAGCCUCUCCUCCGCCACAAUCGAAAAAUCAGAUCCGUGAGGGACGACUUCGGGCCAAAAACUCCCGUCGCAGCGCUUAUCCGCGGGAACGCUCAAUGAGUUGCCCAACAUGGGGCUGCAAGGAGCUCAGUCAACUAAACCGAUAUAAUAAAUGGGUUCAAAGCCCAGGAAAGUUGUCAGAUGCGAAAAGAGCUGUCGAUAGAGAGAGGAUUAGGGUACAUAAUUUUGUCAGAGAGACACAACGAACUGCAGAUUGGGCUAUCGCCGGUUUGAAAUUGGUGGAGCGCGAAACCGGUCGUGAGGUUGAAAGAGCGUGGGAUGGAGGUCUAUGGUCGAUGCCUAUACCAAAUGAGGAAACGCAGGCGUUGCAAGCAGGAUUUGCACAAUUGCAUAUUUGGAGAGGCUGA